CGGGGCGGGGCGAGGGUGCCCGGUGGCCGCUGCCCCCUCCCGGCUCUCCUUCCGGGGCGUCAGGGGCCGGGCACGAGGCGGUGGACCAGCGCUCCGGGCGGCAGAGCUGGGGGCAGGGCCGGGCUUUCGUUGCGCCGCCCAGCCGGCCGGGCAGAGGCGCUGGGGCGCCGGAGACGCGUGGUGGGCGCAGGGCAGGGGCGCCGGCCCGGGCAGAGGCUGCCGCAGCGCCGCAGGCCUGGAGCUCCGCGCGGGUCGCCUGGAGACGACGCCUCCGCCAGGCCCAGCUAGAGGCCGCCCCCGCGCCCAGGCGCACUUGGCCGCCCGGUGCCCACUGCGCGCUGGGCCUCAGACCAUGCCGGAGAGGAGAAAUGUUGGGGCAGAAAAGGCAGAUUUCCUGCCGUGUGCUGCGUGUGCUGUCAGAGUCUUCGCCGAGAAGCAGCAAAGUCUGUGUUCCAGGCGGCGGUUUGGAGCUCUGCAGAGUGAACAACGCAUUUGCUGCCAACCCGCUGGGGUCCAUAUAAUGGUAGCAUUCAGGAGGGACGUUCGGACACUUCGGCCACGGAAUGUGCUAGAAAGACCCCAUCUGGUGUCUGACCAGGCGUUUGUCACGCUGGCUACCAAUGAUGUCUACUGCCAGGGGGCCCUGGUGCUGGGGCAAUCAUUGCGGGACCACAGGGCCACCAGGAGGCUGGUGGUGCUGGUCACCCCUCAGGUGUCCACCCUGCUCAGGGUGAUCCUCUCGAGGGUGUUUGAUGAGGUCAUCGAGGUGAACCUGAUAGACAGUGUAGACUACAUCCACCUGGCCUUUCUGAAGAGACCUGAGCUCAGAGUCACCCUCACCAAGCUUCACUGUUGGACACUCACCCAUUAUAGCAAGUGCGUCUUCCUGGAUGCAGAUACCCUGGUGCUGUCCAAUAUCGAUGAGCUGUUCGAUAGGAGAGAGUUUUCUGCGGCCCCGGAUCCCGGAUGGCCGGAUUGCUUCAAUAGCGGGGUAUUUGUCUUCCAACCUUCCCUAGAGACGCAUGGCCUCUUGCUGAAGCAUGCCACCGACCAUGGCAGCUUUGACGGGGCAGACCAAGGCUUGUUGAACAGUUUCUUCAGUAGCUGGUCCACAGCAGACAUCCAGAAACACUUGCCGUUCAUUUAUAACUUGAGUAGCAACACGGCGUACACCUACAGCCCUGCUUUCAAACAGUUCGGCUCGAGUGCGAAGGUGGUCCACUUUUUGGGGUCCAUGAAGCCGUGGAACUACAAGUACAAUCCCCAGACGGGCUCCGUCUUGGAGGAGGGCUCCGGGUCUGUCAGCCAGCAUCAGACGUCCUUCCUUAACCUGUGGUGGGGGAUUUACCACCGCAGCAUUCUGCCUCUUUAUGAAAAUAUCCGUCCCGAGGACGAACAGACAUCUCCAGGACACACAGCUCACCUCGGGGGCACUGGGGUGCCUUAUUCAAGUUCAGCGUCCACUGCUGAGGGGUCGUGUGCAAAUGCUGUGCCCCGCUCCGGGGAGGCCUGUACCAACUGGGCGGAGGGGCCCCGCCCGCCUUGGCCUGAGAGCACCACGGUGGUGGUGGAGGAGACCCCCGCUUCGCCUGACGCAUGCCCUGCGGAAGAUAUGAUAGGUUGGCCGGAAAGGGAGACUUCCGCUGGAGUGAUGUGUGACCCGUUGUCACCACCCUCCGCCCAAUGCGCAGACUUCACAGAGACCCAGAUCAGCUCGCAGCCCGUGGAGAGCGCGGAAGGUGGCCCAUCUGAGGAAGCCUUGGAGCCAGGCCGGGAGCCCCCUGUGGAUGUCACCAGGGACCCCAGUCUCCAGGAUGCUUUGGAGGUGGACCUGGCCAUCUCCGUCUCUGAGAUUUCCAUCGAAGAAAAGGUCAAGGCACUGAGUCCCGAGGAGGGACGGAGGAAGUGGGAGGAGGGAUGCAUCGAUUACCUGGGGAAGGAUGCGUUUGUCCGGAUUCAGGAGAAGCUGGACCGCUUCCUGCAGUGAUGGCACCAUUGCGUUGGGUGGUCCUGUUCCAUGAACAUCUCGAGUCCUUUCCAAGGGAAAGAGUCUUCAACGAUGUGCCUCUCUUUAUGGUUGACUAGCUUGAGUGCCUCAUGUCAGUCACGUGGUCCAUUCAAAACCCAGCUCAAAGGCCCGUGUGACCCCAGCUACCCAUGCCUCCUGGGGGUUCCCCAGGACGUUGCAUCUCCUUUACACCUUGUCAGCAAAAGGGAACAGGAAUAACCUUCUGGUCAACCCUGGAUCUCUGGUCUUGCUCGAAGGAGCUCAGGAUUCUGUCCUGGGCAGGUGCUGCCGUGUCCAUCCUACGUAGGGUUAGAUGUCAUUGCAGAGCUUCUGUCCCAGGGCUCGUAACACGAGGAGAGGUAUUGAGUGCCCUGGGAACCUUUAUUGAGUGCCCUGGGACUCUGCAGAAUGAAAAGUCCUUUCCGUGACGACGAAGCAAACGUUCGGAUGUCUUGAGCGUGACUCCAGUGUGGACUUUUCCAAGCAAAGCUGAGAAACAUCACAGCUGUGGUUCCUCUUCGGCAAAAAUACCCAAGAGGACUUCCAAGUGCCUUGACAGAUGCCCCAUGGAGAUGUGUCAGAGAUGUUUGGAAGGAAGGUUCCAGCUGGCUUGGGAGUGGUGACCGCUUCCAAACUAGUUGACCUACUGGUGUAGAAGAACCAAGGGUUUACACUGAGGGGUGUCUGGUGGCCAUGCGCUCACAGUAACUGGGUUUGGUUGAGGCUGUUUGUUUCGAGGCAAACCCGUGUGCAGUCCAGGACACCGGGCUGCCCUUUGCUGGGUCACACUACCUCACUUCACAGUAUGGAGUUACUGUGCUCUGCAAGCCAUGUCAACUUGGUUCUUUCGGGACAGUUCUCCGUUUGAUGACACUAGACACUUUAUUCCAUGAGAAAGCCUCACCUCCAGAAGCAUCUGGAAAUGAAUGCCGUAUGUUGGAGCUUCUUCCAGGGUCAUUGUUGGUUGCCACCAUAGGAUAAUUAAAGCUGGAUGUCAGUCGCUAUGCUGAAGAGAAGGAAAUGCAGUUUUUAAAUGUUUGAAUGGUUUAUCACGCGUGUGCAAUUGAAAAUCAUGAGUUCAUUAGACACAGGUUUGGAAGAAGCUUGAGAAGGCUGUGUUCAAAUCCAUCUGAGAUCUGGCUGGACUUCUGGGGUUCAUUGUGGCAUUCACUUGUGUGAGGUGUGAGCUACGGAGGGGUUGUUUCUUUUUAUCUAUGGGUGAAUGAUCGGUAGUCUUGGUUGGUUUCACACAGAUGAUGCUUCAGGGGCUACUUGGAAAUAGCCAUAGGGACAUAGUCCUUGGGUGGGUUGCAUGGGGUGAUCACCAACCAUUAGAGUUAUCCCGUAACUUUGUGUUGGGGAAAGAACGUCUGUGCUCUGAGCCAUAGUGUUGGACUAGAAGAAACGGACGCCUGAGUCUGGCAUACGUGAGAGGAGGAUUCCAGAAAAUGAACAUCUGAGUCCGGUCUAGCUUCUCUGGAGAAGAGAAUUCUCCAGUGCCUAUGGUCGAUUGCUCAUUGCCUUAAAGUGUACGCUUAAAAUGGACUUCUGUGGUGCCUUCUAGGGUCUGUCCUCACGUUUGGACAAAGGCUAGCACACUGCAAUUAAAAUUUUAAGACAGCAA